AUGCUGAGCAACAAGUGGGUAGCUACCGUUGCCAGUAUAUGGAUCCAAUGUAGCAUCGGCGCAUACACCUUCGGCAUCUACUCGUCGGCGCUCAACUCCAGUCAAGGCUACGACCAAUCUACCCUCGACACCGUUUCGGUCUUCAAAGACAUCGAAACGAAUAUUGGGGUUCUCUCCGGCCUCCUCCACUCAGCCAUCGCUAUCAAAAAUCGUCCUUCUCCAUCGUCGGCGACCCAGUUGGGUGGACCGUGGGUUGUACACUUGGCAGGUGCUUUCCAAUGCUUCGUGGGUUAUUUCUUCAUGUGGGUUGUGGUGGCCAGAGGCUUUCUUGCGCCUAGUGAAGCAGUAUCUAUUCGAGUAUACGACAUAUUUUGCGGAGGCAAUCCAGCCAAUUUCCUUCUUAUGCUUGCCUUAUUGUCUACAUUUAUCUCUCUGUUGCUCAUAUUUUCGGUGAGAACCUACGAAACAACCAGCACAGUUGAUGAUAAGAAACACUUGAAUGCUUUCUCUGCCAUUGCUCUAAUCAUUAUUGCUUAUCGAAUGAUAAUUAUAAUUUUGCAAAACUUCUUCACUUUUCCUUCAUGGGCACAAUUAUUUUCAUUUCUGCUUCUUCUGCUUCUACUCUUCUCUUCCAUAGACAGUGAUAACAGACAAUAA